AUGUCAGCGCCAGAGCGAACACGGGAACUUGUAUCUACUCGGGCAACUACAACUGGGAGCUCUGCUAGCGCUGCCCCUACAGCUGCCAGUUCUACCGCCGCUCCUGCCAUCCAGAACAUCGGAUGUGUGCGCCAGGCAGUCAACCGACUCGAGAAGAAGAUACUACUCAACCACCAAGCCCAGCGGUUGUUGCCCUCUCCAUGGAGCCGCGCAUUGAUUCUCGGAGGAAAACGACGCCGAUCUCACGAUAGGGGCGACACCAAUCAAUCCUCCAAGUAUCUUCCGACUCAAUCCCAUCAGGAGCUCUCGAAAAGACACACGCAUCCAGCUGCUGCUCCUGAAGAAGCCAAUGUCAGGGCCUUCUCGUUUCGAUUCCCAGCUGGCUUGGAUCCCUCUUUCCCCUUGGGCUUCGUCGGUCAGUUUAUUGCCCCGUCUCGGACAUCUCAAGCUGCCGCAACCACCUCGCCAGCCAGAUCACGACCCCUUGGUCACUCUAGCCCAUCUCGCGCUUUCUCGUCUACCAGUGGCGUAGCCAGUAGCGCCAAUGCAACAGGACUAAUUAUCGAGCAGGACACUACGGCUGACGCAAUCAAAAGCUUCGCAGACACGCUGCUUCGCCAUCUCCCAACAGCACAGCACAAACCACCUCCUUUUCCUCCUCGUCCUCCGAUCUUGGAAUCCCUGAUGUCCGACCCGUCGACCCAGAACCUUCGACGGGUACCCUUGACAACCAGAUUAGGAUCAAACACAACCAACCUUUCACUCCCAGCAAUCACUUUUCCCUUGCCAACCGAGGGUCCUCGCCCACCACGCAAUAAGAGCACGCGUACGCAGUCAAACCCCGGGAGGGUUCGCCUCAGCUUGAUGUACCAUCUCGAGCGGCAAGAUUCGAGCAACCAACACGCAGUUCUGGACGCCAUCGACUUGGAGCCUGUGUCACCUUUGGAUGAACGAUCGUUAUCUGAGCCCGCUUCAUCCACAACUCCUCGACGCGCCACUCAUACCCAUCAGCCUCGCAAGUGA